AUGAUGGUUCCACAUAAAGGAACAAGAGCAGGCAGCCGAAAACAAUAUAUAAAAAAUAAACCGAAAAAAUGGGGUUAUAAAACAUUUGUUCGCGCAGGUGUCUCUGGAAUAGUUUACGACUUCCUGAUCUAUGGAGGCGAUGACACGUUCAGAUUUCACUCUUUCACGGAUGAAGAAAAUAGUAUGGGCCUAGGGUCAAAAGUAGUUUUAGCUUUGGCAAAAUCUAUUCGACAACCUGUUUGCAAAAUUCUGUGUUUCGAUAACUUUUUCACAUCUAUUGAGCUGUUACAAUAUUUGCGCAAUGAACGCGGCAUUUUUGCAAUGGGUACAAUCCGAGCAAACAGGCUCCGAGGAGCGGAGAAUAAACUACCCACGGAUAAAAAUCUAAAAAAAAAGGGUAGAGGAUCUCAUGCACAAGUCGUAUGCAAUAAAAACAAGAUUGCUGUUGUUAAAUGGUUCGACAACAAAUGUGUUACUGCUGCAAGUACUUUUGUGGAUGAGUAUCCUACCCAGACUGUGGUUCGUUAUAAGAAAGAAGAGGGUAGAAAAGUGCCAGUGACUUGCCCCAAUAUAAUAAAAGAAUAUAACACUAACAUGGGCGGUGUUGAUCUCGCCGACAUGUUGGUCGCUCUAUAUCGUACACCAUUCCGAGACCAUCGUUGGUAUUUACCAAUAUUUUCUCAAAUGCUCGACAUCUGUAUAAACAAUUCCUGGCUUCUAUAUCGACGUGAUAGAAAUGCUAGAAUUGAUACCAAAAAACGAAAAUCACUAAAAAACUUUAGAAUGGAAAUUUAUGAAAGCUUAAGGAGGUAUGAAAGAAAUGAUAUGAGCGAUAUCAGAGGGCCUGGCAUGAAAUCAACCAAGACUAUACAGAAACCAGCAGCUGAAAGACCACCAGAUGCUGUACGGUAUGAUCAAGUUGCUCACUAUCCAACUAUAAUAACCAGCAGAGGAAGGUGUAUGUAUUACACAAAGGGGCUGACAAAUUUUUUUUGUCAAAAAUGUAAAUUGAGGUUGUGCUUAUUGCCGGAACGUAAUUGUUUCAUAGAAUACCAUAUUAAAAAAUAA